AUCUGAUGGGAUUCAAAGUCGAAACGUACACUACACGGGAAUGCGCCUUCCGUGUACGUAGCGCAGAUACGAUGCCCUGGCGGUCGCCGACCGUGCACGAAAAGAUUUCAAACUAGUCGAGGUCACGUAGACAAAAAUUUGCUCUAUGGUCUCAUGCGUGCUUUUUUUUUAUUUCGGGCAACGAUAAAACGUUAUUUUUCUCAGCCCCUCACAAAUGAAACAGUCGGUGUCACUAGCCGUGCUAGUUCUGUGUAGCAUCCUGGCGUUUGCCUGGUGUGGAAACGUCUUAGAGUUAGAUUCAACUAGUUUCUAUAAGACAUUGGCAGAGAAUGACCAUGCGCUGGUGAGCUUUUAUGUAUCCUGGUGGAAACAUUGGGAGGUUCUAGAACCGGAAUACGAACAAGUUGCAAAAGCGCUCAGAAGCGAAAACUUGGUUGUGGCAAAAAUAGACACAGACAAAUACCCGGAUAUCAGAGACAAAUACCCGGAUAUCAGAGACAAACAUAACAUCGAGCAGCACCCGGUCGUCAAACUCUUCUCGAAGAAAAAUACGUUAGAGUAUGAAGGCGAUUAUUCCCAUGAGGAGAUCGUGUCGUGGGUAAAGGAGAAAAUAUUUGAGUCGAAGGAAGAAAUAUCCGAGGGAACUUUGGUGACGUUAACUGACAAGAACUUCGAUUCCGUCGUGUAUGGGAAGUCCAAAAACGUUCUUGUUGACUUUUAUGCCCCCUGGUGCGGUUAUUGCAAGAGGUUGGAGCCCAUUUGGCGAGAAUUAGCGAAGAAGGUUUCCAAUAAGGACUUCGUGGUCGCGCAAAUCGACGCAGAUAAAUAUAGAAGAAUUGCUUCAAAAUACGAAAUCAACUCCUACCCAACUAUCAAGUUAUUCAACAAGGAACAUGAGAAGGGAUUGAGGUACACUGGUGCGAACACCAUCAAGGCGCUAUCUGAAUACGCCCAAGGGAUCAUUUCAAAGACGUCCAAGAUCAAGGACACAUUCGGCGCCGCAGCUCAAAACACUUAUGAUGCAGCUCAAAGCACCUAUGAAAAAGCCUCCAACAAGACCAAGGAGACUGUCAGCACCGUCAAGGGUGCUAUCAACGGCACCUUCAACAAGGGCCAUGACAUCUUGGCGAACGUGUCCGAAUCCAUACAAGAAAAAUUUCCAGAGAUUAUCAAAUCCAUGAAGGAGUACUACCGCGAAUACUCUGGAAAGCUCACGGAGGAUCAACGAGCGAUAUAUGACAAAGUUUACACGAAAAUUAUAGAGCAUUUGGAAAAAAACCCGGAACGCAUCAAGGAAGAGUUGCAAAAACUUAAAGAAAAAGGGUUUGACAAGCUGAUGCAAUACAUACCCACCUCGGAGAUCAUGAAUGCACUUCAACCGUUAGUUGCAAACUUCGACACCGAAGAAUUAGACGAGCUUUGAGAAGUGGGGCCAUAUAUAUAAAUAAAAAAUUCAGAGGGAUUUUUUUCA